AAUUACUGUACGGGUACGGGGACCAUUGCGUGACCGAUUGCAGUCAAAUUGCCUGAUUUUCUCAAGGUGACAAUAUCAUGGAGUUCCGUGCUCACAACCAGACCGUUCUGUAUAACUGCGAAGAAGGCGACUUACUGGAGUUCGAGAGAGGAAUGUACUCGCACUGGGGAGUCUUCAUCGGUGAUGGUAAUGUAGUUCAUUUGACGGGACAGAAUGACGGGAUAAAAGACGACAUUGGCAACCCGACACAUUUAUUCUCUGUGUGGGGGAAGCAAUUCAGCAAAGCAGAGGUCAAGUGUGACGAUUUCUGGGACAUAGUUUCCCACUGCAAAGCGAAGAUCAAUAACAAAGACAGCAACGGUCGCACUGCAUUAUCUAAAAGCAAAAUAGUUGAGAAUGCACUCAGUAAAUUGGGAAAGAUUGGCUAUAACGUUCUGUGGUAUAACUGCGAGCACUUUGCUCAUUGGUGUCGAUAUGGCGAGGAGAAAAGUGACCAG